GCCUUUGGACUUUUACUUUCUCGGCGAGGUUCCUGACACUGGGGGGGUUGUGCCUCGGUGGUGUGCUGACGCUGCUGCGUGCAGAUCUCGCUGGCUGCAGCCUUUCAGGGACACCUCUUGCGGACCGCCGGAGCCCACAGUGCAAUAAAUAUGGCAGCAGAGCUUUCCACCUCCAUCAACAUCAAGGAGCCCCGGUGGGACCAGAGCACAUUUGUGGGUCGGGCUAAACAUUUCUUCACUGUCACAGACCCCAGGAACAUCCUCCUCUCCAAUGAACAACUAGAACACUCGCACAAAAUCAUCACUGACUACAGGCAAGGUGUAGUGUCUCCGGGGCUGACCGAGGAUGAGCUGUGGAGAGCCAAGUACGUUUUCGACUCGGCCUUUCACCCCGACACCGGGGAGAAGAUGAUCCUGAUUGGCCGCAUGUCAGCACAGGUUCCCAUGAACAUGACGAUCACUGGAUGCAUGAUGACAUUUUACAAGACCACUCCAGCUGUGGUGCUCUGGCAGUGGAUCAAUCAGUCUUUUAACGCAAUAGUCAAUUAUACGAACAGGAGCGGCGAUGCUCCCAUCUCAGUCAGUCAGCUUGGCACAGCUUAUGUGUCUGCCACCACAGGGGCAGUUGCCACCGCUCUAGGACUAAAUGCACUAACAAAGCAUAUCUCACCUCUGUUUGGACGGUUUGUUCCAUUCGCUGCUGUAGCCGCUGCUAACUGUAUCAACAUCCCGCUGAUGAGACAAAGGGAACUCAAGCACGGCAUUCCCAUAACAGACGAGAACGACAACCGGCUAGGAGAGUCCACGAAAGCUGCACAGCAGGCCAUCUCUCAGGUUGUGGUCUCUAGGAUCCUCAUGGCUUCUCCAGGAAUGGCCAUUCCUCCAUUUUUAAUGAACCACUUGGAGAAGAAGGCCUUUCUGAAGAAGUUCCCAUGGAUGAGUGCACCCAUUCAAGUCGGCCUGGUGGGAUUCUGCCUGGUGUUUGCCACUCCACUCUGCUGUGCGUUGUUCCCCCAGAAGAGCUCCAUGUCGGUCAGCCGCCUGGAGCCCGAGCUGCAGGAGAAGAUCCGGGCCAGCCACCCGGGCGUGGAGAGGGUCUACUUCAACAAAGGUCUAUGAGUGUGCGGCCCACUCAACCAAACACUGCCAUAGCACAGCUGCAGGCUCGUCCUCGCCUCUCUGCCAGCCCUCCUCAUUCAGUGUGCCAAAGUUCAGUUUGUGUCUCCUCAUUUCAACCACUCAGAUGGAUACUUCUG